GCAAUACAUCUUACCGACAAAAUAUUAUAGAACGUAAACAUACUAGGCCGUUUCAAAGGAUUCUAUUUGAAACCGCAAAAUGUUUUUUAAACGUUCAAUAACAGCAAUCCGGAAUUUCCCCAGAAAUUAUUGCUCAAAGUCAACGUUAAGUGAAGAUGAAAUACAAAAGUUCAGUAAAAUGGCAAAUGAAUGGUGGGAUAUUAAUGGGCCAUUUAAUGGCUUACAUUCGCUGAACCAACUAAGAGUACCGUUUGUAAGAAAAGGAAUAUCUUCCUAUCAAAAAUCAGCUGUGAAAAAUGCUACUCCUGCAAGCCUUUUGGCUGGGUGUUCAAUCCUAGAUGUUGGAUGUGGUGGAGGCAUUUUAAGUGAAAGCUUAGGUCGUUUGGGUGCAACCGUUACAGCAAUUGAUCCCAGUGAAGAAAAUGUUGCAGCUGCCUCUCUUCAUGCACAGAAACUUAUGCUUAACAAUGUGACAUAUGAAGUCAAUUCUGUGGAAAAUUUUAAGAACUUGAAUCCGACUACUCAUUUUGAUGCAAUUACUGCAUCAGAAGUUAUUGAGCAUGUCGAAAAUCCUGAAUUUUUCAUCCAAACCUGCACCGAUUUGCUAAAGCCAGGAGGAUCUUUAUUUAUAACAACAAUAAAUCGAACUGCAGCUUCAUGGGCCCUUGCCAUUGGUGCUGCAGAAUAUGUCCUCACUGUUGUUCCUAAGGGGACCCAUGAUUGGAAUAAGUUUGUCACUCCAGAUGAACUCAAUUUCUUCAUUACUAAGAAUAAUUGUCAAUUGCGACAGCUUCAUGGAAUGGCCUACAAUCCGUUCACUAACAAAUGGCAUUGGUCCAAAUGCACUAGUGUCAACUAUGCUCUUCACGCUACAAAAUCAGUUCACAAUUAGCGUCUAACCUUACGAAAGAUCUGGAUUGUUAUUGUUUUUCGAAUACUAGGUUACCAUUAUGAACCUUAACGGUGGUUUGUGUUAUAUUUUAUACUUAGUUGAACAUCCGGCAAUAGCUCAUUGUUAAUAAAAGAAAAAAAUUGUUGAAUGGAA